AUGGGGACAGCCGGCCGUAUCGCGUGUAUCUUCACGCCCUACCUGCUUACGAUCGCAUCUUUGAUCUGCAUUAUUAUGGUCGGAUUGGGCUGCACCAAUGCCAGCUCCAGCACAUUGAGUAAUCUGUAUUUCAUGCGGGUCGACCUCCAAAACAUUACCGGUGCCGGGUCCAAAACCACUACGGAAAUUGAGAGCAUCCUGCAAGAACAUGGAAUCACCAGUGUCACCUCGAGCGACGUGUCGGACGUCUUGAGCAAGCUCCAGGAUGACAGCACGCUGAAGGACUUCUACGACAUCGGUCUCUGGGGAUACUGCGAUGGAGAUAUCACCAACAGCACCUCCAACACCACCAGCUGCUCCAGCCCCAAGAGCGAGUACUAUUUCAACCCGCUUGAGGUCUGGGGUCUCGACAACGACGCUGUGAAGGAUGAGCUGCCCGAUGAUUACACAAAGGUCAUGAAUAUCUACAAAGCCGUCUCCAAGUGGAUGUUCAUCGCCUACGUCCUCGCCUUCGCCACCACCAUCGUUGAGAUCCUGGUUGGUAUCUUCGCCAUCUGCAGCCGCUGGGGCAGCUGUGUAACCACCCUGUUCGCCGUCCUUGCCUUCCUGUUCACCACCGCCGCUUCCGUGACCGCCACCGUCCUCUUCUCAAUCAUGAAAUCGACUGCCAGCAACCUGCUUGACGCCUACGGCAUCAAAUUCACCAUGGGCAAGAACAUGUACGCUGCCACCUGGCUCGCCGUUGCCUUCUCACUGGCCGGUACCCUCUUCUGGCUCUUCAGCGUGUGCUGCUGCUCCGGUCGCUCGCCCUACAACCACCGCAACCGUGACCGCCGCAACAACGGCAUCACGGCCGAGAAGGUUCCCUAUACCUAUGAGCCUCUCGGUGCCGGUGCCGUUCCCUACGGUAACCAGCACCCCAACCACACCUCGUACCCGCCUCCCCCAGCCAACGAGUACCCCAUGGCCAACACCAACAAUGGUCGUGCCAAUGCCUACGAGCCUUUCCGUCACGUCUAA